AUGUCUAGACAUAAGCGAUUGCCAGAUCUAGCUCAAGCAGACUUACUGCCAUUCCAGAUCCAUAAAUCCAAAAACCGCCAUUCAGCUUCUUCUGUAUCAAAUCAGCAAGUUCCAAUAAUAAUCAAGCCCCACAUUGAGCACUCAUCCAAGCAUCAUAAACUUGCAAGCGUCCACUAUGAUUCUCCCUACAGAAAAAACACCUCUUUAUCCCGGGCCAGGUCAUCAUCAGCUUUGAAUAAAAACGACAGGAGCUCCACCAAAACUCGUGUGGGUUCUCCUCAGAUAAAGAAAAAUGCAUCCAAUUCUUCGCUUCAGUUAAAGUUCAAAAAUUCGAGAAGCAACAAAUCAGUUUCUCAUGCAAAUUUACCUCACCAGCAAUCUCAAAGUUUCAUUGAGCCUUACCAGCCUCAAAUUUUAAGAACAAGAAAUCACGGCAGCGUAAAUGUUUCAUUCAAUACGUCAUUUACCUCUCUAACAGCUCCUACACAGGAUUCGCAGCGGCCUGCUAAUCAGACUGGCAUAAGCUGUGCUGGAGCUCAAGAAUUGGAAAAUAAAUUAAUCGAGAAUUUAAAGCUGGUUUCUCAAAGAGACUCGAUCUGCGUUAUGUCUAUUGACAAAUUUGGGAUUUAUCAAAAAAUAUUUGCAGAAGUUAUAGAGAGGAAUAAGUCUUAUGCAAAUAUUUUAGGGAAAAUCAAAGCGGCGUAUGAAGAAUGGGUUUCCUAUAGCCUUAAGGCUGGCCUUUCAACAACGCCACUUCAGCAAGAAAUUGAUGAAGCAAAUGAGAAAAUCAAGCAAUUAAUGGAAGAAAGAAAAGUUGUAUAUAGAAAGGUGGAGAAAUUGGCAAAAGAAAACGCUGAACUAAGCAGAUCACUUGAUGAAAAUGAGAUAAGGUAUACAGAUCUUCAAGAAAAACUCUUUAUUAUCUCCAAUACUAAUGUAGAAGGAGUACCAAAAGAUGAAAGCACCUGAAAAUAUCUUAUCGCAGAAAACAAGAAUUUUGUUGAGAUCUGCAAACAAAUGAAAGCAGAAAUAAAAAGUUUUCGAUCAAAAGAGAAGAAACUGCUAAAAUUGAUAAUGGCUAUGAAAAAACGAGGGUAUCCGGUUGAAGAAGUCUAUGAAAAAGAUGUCGUAAAGAAAAGAAAAAUUGAAAAGCAGAGUGAUCAAGAAAAACCUGAAAAUGAGUCUGAAGAAGAAUUAAUAGUUUCAGGACCUUUAAAGCCAGUUCCUAAGCCAGAUUUUAUCCCUAAUCUAAAGCUAGAAAAUGUGCAGCCUGAAUCCUUCAGCUCUUCUAGCUCAGAAAGUGACUCUGUCUGUACAGAAAGCGAAGAAAGUAAACGCUCUCUUACUAUCCUUUUAUAACUAAAUCACAUCUUUUUGUUUACUCAUGAAAGAUUAAGCUUUUUUGCAUAAAAUUGAAAAUAAAAUAUACUUUCACCUGCUUAUUUUUAAUUGAUUUAUCUAGAUAUUUUUUAUUAUAAUUUUUACCUAUAUAUCAAAAUAUUUAUUAAAAUAAUCUUUAUUCGUUCACACAGGAAGCUAAUGCUCUAAAAUUUUACGAUUUCCAAUAAUAAACUGGCCACAGAGAAGAGAGUUAG